UCCUAAACUAGAGCCUAUUAAGAGAAUAUUGUUAUUAAGCUACAAUGAUUUGCCUCACUUCCUUAAAUCUUGUUUCUUGUAUUUUAGCAUUUUCCCUAAGGAUUAUCCAGUCAAGCGCAUCACUUUGAUUCGACUGUGGAUGGCAGAAGGGUUUGUAGAAAGUGAGAAAGGGGAGACAAUGGAGAAGGUUGCAGUGGACUACCUCAACGACCUCAUUGAUCGAAACAUGGUUCAAGUGGCGGAGCAUUAUGAUUAUGGAAGAGUACGAAGUUGUCGGGUACAUGAUCUUAUCCAUGAGAUUAUUCUCUUGAAAUCGAAGGAGGAGAAUUUCAGCACAUCUCUAUUCAGACAAAAAACACAUAUGCAUGGAAGGAUUCGACGCUUAUCAAUACAUAACACUGGUAAAGAUGUUCUACAAAAUACAAGCUUGUCUCACCUUCGUGCUCUGUUCAUGAUUGGUGCUAAUGCCCUGUCAGCCUCUUCUAUGCGCAACCUAUUUUACAGCUUUAGAUUAUUGAAGGUCUUGGAUUUGGAAGGUGCACCAAUUGAGAGGAUCCAAAUAGAAUUCGGGAAGCUCCUCCACUUAAGGUACUUGAGUUUGCGAAAUACGAGGAUCAACAAACUCUCAAAAUCCUUGGGAAAGCUCAAGAACCUAGAAACUUUAGAUCUGAAGGGCACCUAUGUUUCUGAAUUGCCGACAAAGAUCCUCAAACUCCAAAGUUUGCGCCAUCUUCUUGCAUAUCACUAUUACACUGGUCGCCACCCGCCUUUCUAUCAUACAAAUGGUGUGAAGGUGCCUCAAGGGAUAGGCAGACUAAGAGAUUUGCAGAAGCUAACAUACAUAGAGGCAAAUCAAGACAGUGGCAUAGUUAGAGAACUCGGAUACCUAACUCAACUAAGGAGGUUGGGCAUAGUGAAACUGAGAACAGAAGAUGGGGUAAACCUUUGUGCUUCCAUUGAGAGAAUGAACAACCUUCGCUCUAUCUCAGUGACGUCAAUUGGAAUGGAUGAGUUUCUUGACCUGCAAUAUUUAAAAUCUCCCCCAUCAGAUCUACAACGUCUAUAUUUGAGAGGACCCUUGCAGACUUUACCAGAUUGGAUUUCCACUCUCCAAAACCUUGUUAGAAUGCGCCUAAGGUGGUCUAAAUUGAAAGAGGAUUCACUCGGAGUUCUUCAAGCUCUUCCAAAUCUGGUAGAACUCACACUUAUCCGUGCAUAUGAUGGUGUUAAAUUAUGUUGUCAAAAAGGAGGAUUUCAAAAGCUGAAAAUUUUGGAUUUAGAACAGUUGGAUAAUUUGAAUUAUGUAAUACUAGAUGGAGCAAUGCCAAAUCUUCAAAAGAUGUAUAUUAGGCAUUGUGUGCAGUUGAAGGUGGUGCCUCUUGGCAUUGAGCAACUGAUAAACCUCAAAGAGCUCCACUUGUUUGAUAUGCCUGAAGCUUUUGUGCAAAGGCUACGGAGACAGGGAGGGGCAGAUAGACUGAAAGCGAAGCACAUUCCAAUAGUGAGAUCUUAUGAUCAUGAAGAUCAGGUGUAUGAAGAACUUUAACAACUUAUUAACUGCUGACAGAAUUGAGGAGUUCCAACAAGUGACUCUGGUUGCAGAAGAAGCUCUGGUAAUAUAUUUCUUCAGACAUCCAAUUACAAGCUUCAGCCAAUUAAAGACACAUCAUAUUGAAGAUGUGUUUCAAAAAUGUUCUGGCAUCUUUUAAGUGUUCUUUUCCCUCUCAGAUGUGUUGUUAUAACUGUCCAGAAAAUUUUCUGCACUCUUGGAGUUGAUUUAGAACAGUUUAAAUCCUAAGUUGUUCUCUGUUGAAUUUACAGAAAGUCUGUUAUAUGU